GGCCUCUCGCGCGGCGGAUCCUGUCAGCGGGGCGGGCCCGCCGCCAGCGUUAAAUCAUCUUUGUCUUGCUUAGCAGUAACACUGCAGUUAACCACCAGAUUCCACUAAGACACCUAUUCCUCCUAAGGAAUUACAAGAAAAAAUGCUGAGAAGUCUGAAAGGACUUGUCUACCAUCCUCUAAAGUUGGACCAUGGGUAUGCCCUCCAUAUGGCAGCCAAGGAUUCCUUAAGUUCCGUUGUCAGCCAGGGUGACCAAACGCUGGCAGAAAGACCAAGAGCAGUUUUCUAUACCAGCGAGAAUGACCCGGCCAACCACACAGAACACCAUGAGGGUCGCCAUUACAGCAUUCCACUUGAGGAGGUGAAAGCUGUGUUUCCACAUGGACUGCCCUAUCGGUUCCAGCAGCAGAUUAAGACCUUCAACGAAGCCUGCGUUAUGGUGCGAAAACCAGCUCUAGAACUUUUCGCUUACCUGAAAAGCUCCAACUUUGCACACCCAGCUGUCAGAUAUGUGAUCUAUGGCGAGAAAGGAACGGGGAAAACCAUGACUCUGUGUCACGUGGUUCACUACUGCGCAAGGCAAGGCUGGCUGGUGCUGCACAUCCCAGACGCUCAUCUCUGGGUGAAAAACUGCAGGGAGCUUAUGCAGUCUUCCUACAACAAAGACCGGCUUGAUCAGCCUUUGCAAGCAUCUUUCUGGCUCAAGAACUUCAAAACCUCAAAUGAGCGCUUCCUAAAAGAGAUAAAAACACAAAAAAAGUACGUGUGGGGCAAACGAGAAUGCACUGAGGAGGGCAGACCAUUGGGUGAAGUGGUGGAGCAGGGUUUAGCUCGCGUGAAAAAUGCCAGCGAUGCUGUAGGGGUCGUGCUGAAAGAGAUAAAGCAGCAAUGUCAUCCUGGCUCAUUCCGACUUCUUGUGGCAGUGGACGGCGUCAACGCGCUCUGGGGAAGGACUACAUUAAAGAAGGAGGACAAAAGCCCCGUUUCUCCAGAGGAGCUGACUCUUGUGUACAAUCUAAGGAAGAUGAUGAUGAAUAAUUGGAACGGAGGUGCCAUUGUGACAACCCUCAGCCAGACCGGCUCUCUCUUCAAACCCAGUUCUGCCUAUUUGCCCCAGGAGUUGCUGGGAAAGGAGGGCUUCGACGCCCUGGACCCCUUCGUCCCCGUCCCGGUCCCCAACUACAGCCCCAGGGAGUUCGAGAGCUGCUACCGCUACUACCUCGAUCGCAAGUGGCUGCAGCACGAGCAAGCGCGCACGGAGGACGGCAAGGAGGAGCUGCGGUUCCUGAGCGGCUCCAACCCGCGGCAGCUGGACCGGCUGGCGGGGCCCCUCUAGCGCAAUAAAGGCCGGAGCGGCGGCGGCCGCUCCCUCUCGG